GACUAUGCAGAACGGGAAAGUCUACUUCUGAUAAGUGGAAUUUAAUUUCUAGAGUAUAUCGGUGCAAUUUUUUUUUAUCAAGUUAAACUGUCAAGAUUGUAUUGUUGUCUAUCGUUAACUUGCAACUUGCGACCUCGACCGUGUUGGGUGUCUUGUGUGUUAAUUUGGAUUCAAUCUGCAGGGGAUUUGCUUUCCUGUGCAGAUGGACGCCGACACCUACUGCAGAUUGUGAAGAGUUGCUAAACGAUUGAUUCUGCAAAUAAAAAAGGGAACAAUGGUUGAUAAUCCCACAAUACAGGACUUAAAUGAACAAGUCGAUGACUUGAAAGGUGUCAUGAAGGACAACAUAGGUAAAGUCAUAGACAGAGGGGACAAACUAGAAACUCUACAAACCAGAGCAGAAGACCUGGAACAAAAUGCAAACAUGUUUCAGAAGACUACCACAAACAUAAAGAGGAAACAACAGUGGCGAAAUCGUAAAACGAUGAUAAUCUUGGUAGUGGUUGUUACAGUAUUAGUCACUGCUAUAGUGUUAAUUGCUUUGGGAACCAAUGGUGUGUUUUCUAGUUAAUUUAAGGAAAUUUGUAAGAGUGAGCGUCGUGUUUGACCAAGAAUUACCCAGAUAGACACCAAGAUGAUUUUAAAACAAUGCAAAGUAGCAAGUUCGGAAUCGGCAAUAAUCGAAAAAUUUCUUUAACAUACAGUAUACGACAUUAAUUUUGUAAUAUUAUGACGGAUUACUUUGUUGUUUUUUUUACCGUUUGUACUCUUAAUUAACAAUAUCAUGCCAACGAAUUAUGUUUUAAUUAUAUAUAUAUAUACAUACUAUAUCGAUCUCGGAAAAAAGCAUAUUGACUGAGCACGAAGUGCGAAAUCUACAUGUACAUGUAUAUGCUUUUUGCAUAAGUCUAUAAUCUAUGGAUUAUACCGAAUAAAAGGUUUCUACACCAUCCAUA